AUGGAGAGCCCAGUCAGUAGGUACAAUACUGAGCACAGCCCCAGAGGCCAGCAGCCCCUGUCCUCUCCCUUCCAUGGCCAGGAAAGAUGGUGGAAGCUACCCCAGUGGUGGCAGCAGCAGGAGCUACCAACCACUGAGCCACACCCUGCCAUACUCGGCUCCAGUAUCAGCCUCCUCUUCCUUGUCUUGCUGUGCCACCAGCUACUUCCCCCACUCCACCCCAUGCGGUGGGAGCAGAAGGAGCCACCAGCCACUAAAGCUGCACCAGUUCUGCAUUUGCCCUCUUCUGCCACCUGAACAUUGGGGAUCAUUAAAAAUAUUUGGGGGACACAAAGUGCCUUGGACCCUAGGAGUUGGCACUUGUGGCUGCUUUUCUAUGUUAACAAAAGCUGCGCUUGUGUGGACAUGACCAAGCAGCUGAAAAAUAUGACGCCUCAACAGUUGUCUUCAUUUGUUUUCUGUGCUAGGUGUGAAAAAUUCCCUGGUAGCCAAUGACAUGGCUUUUGAGACAGUCAAGGCCCCUUGGAGUCCAGAGAAUAAGAUCCACCGGAUGAAGAUAGUAAGGAAAGUCUUGGACACUGAGAACAAGGCUGCCUUCCGCCUUCACGACAACAUGCCAAGGCACAUAUAUUUUGCUGCCAACAGCACAAACAAGUGGGGCCAUAAGCAAGGCUAUCGGAUCCAGAUGGUCAGCUUCUCUGGAGACCACCUGCCAGAAACAGAUCCAAUGGAGCGAGCCAUCAGUUGGGGAAGGUAAGUGACUAAUUUUUAGAUGCUGAAACCCAAAUGGGAAACCCAGAUCAGAGACACGGGGACGUAGGUAGCUGCCUUAUACUGACCUUGGUUCACCUAUCUCAGUAUUGUCUACUGACUGGCACGUCUUCUGGGUGUCAGACCAUGUUCUCUCCCAACCCUACCUGGAGAUGCUGAGGACUGAAACCGGGGCUUUAUACAUACCAUGGCCCUUCCCCCUGAAAUUGGGGCUCCUUAACUCUAAGGGUGUUGAGAUUUUGAGUGCUUUGGUUUGUGUCCAUCACUCUGUCUCUCUCCUGGCUCCAUCUGAGUCCCUGCAGUUACAAGCUUUGAUGACGUCUGAAACUUUGCCAGGGGGGGGAUGUCCAGUGCCAGGACUCAGUAGAAUAUGUAGUCAUGUGGUCUUGGAAACAAAAUUUAGGCCACUACAUAAGAAGUUGAAAACCAGGACUUUCAAGGUAGCUUUCUCGGAAAUGCUACCUGUCCCAUGUAGACAGGGCAAGCUAGACAGGCACAGCUCAGAUGUCUCAAUAUGUGGUGUCAGGAGGAAGGUAAGGGAUUUGAUAUGCUCUGGGGAAUGUACAAAGGAGAGGAACCAGACUGCUGGUGCGUGAUUGAUACUGAGAGAGAGAGAGAGGAUAGAUAGAUAGAUAGAUAGAUAGAUAGAUAGGUGAUAUAUAGAUAUAAAGUAGCAGAACCACUUUCAUUCUGAUCAUGGGCCGAAAGCCAACAGAAGCUGAGGAGGGUCCAGUUUGGCACAAAUCAUUCCCUAGGGAUGAGGGUGAAAAUGUUAAUGAUUGUCCAAAAUUUACAGGGGAGAACUAGACAUUGAAGGCACAGGAGCACAUGAUAGAAGUUCAAAGCACUGCAGGGCAAAACACACGUGCCAAAGAUAUGUGGAGAGACACGCAGUGUAUAUGUUUUGAUACAGUUAUGCUAGAAGCCUCACAGUCAAACUGGGAUGCUUGAUCUUAGAGUAGCUGGGGAAACCCAGCCAGAUGGGUGGGGUACAAAUAAUACAUUAUAAUUAUUAGAUAAAGUGGGUAUAAUGGGAAUCUGGCAGCUUGGAGAAAGCUGGUGGGACACGGUUAUUAUCUCUGGAUACAACUCAAUAGGAAGGACAGGGAAGAGCAUACUGGAGGUGGUGUUUCUGUUUGUCAAAGAGGAUAUGGAUUCUAACAAGCUAGAAACCCCCAAAGUGGCAAGCAGCUCUAGAGAAGUUAAAUUUGGGAGUCUAUCCACCAUCUUGAGAGAAUGACCAAAGUCAAGCACUACUGCAACUGUGGGGAACCCGUGGGCUUCUAGAUGUUUUUGGACUACAACUCCCAGCCGGCCAUUGACCAUGUUGGCUGGGGUUGAUGGGAGUCGGAGCAGAACACCUGGAGGGCAGCAUACUAACCACCCAUCUUCUGUAGCUUACUGCUGGAUCUCCUUCCUAGGGUAGUUGGGAUUCCACACACUAGUCUCAGCAGUGCUCUGCUUUUCAGGUACAAGCUGGCUGUCACCAAACGGAAAGAGAAGGAACCAUUUAGCACCAGUAUCUAUAACCAGAUGGACCCAUGGACACCUUCAGUGGCCUUUGCUGACUUCCUAAACAAUGAGAGCAUUAUCAAUGAGGUGAGUUGUGAUCCCUAUGGGCACUGACAGAUCUAUCACCCUGAAGCCACACAGUGACUGGAGACUUUGGAUAUAUUUGAAAAUAUACAGGCUGAGCAGAUUUCAUGGGAGUGCAUCAACAGUGGCUCAUUAUAUCUGAAGCUUCUCCUGCACCAUCCUUUUCUCUCACCAGGCCUUUCCCUUAGAUAGCCAUUUAACAUGAUCCGUUGUGUCUCCCUUUGGCAGGACCUGGUUGCCUGGAUCACCGCUGGCUUCCUGCAUAUUCCACAUGCUGAGGACAUUCCCAACACUCCAACGCUUGGGAACGUGAUUGGCUUCUUUUUGAGGCCUUAUAACUAUUUUGACGAUGAUCCUUCUAUGGAUUCUCCAGACAGCGUUUUCUUCAGCAGCCAGCAGGACCCCGCUUCCUGCAACGUCAACUACCUCGCCUGUGUGCCAAAAACAGCUGCGUGCUUGCCCAGCUUCCCGCCUUUCACUUAUGAGGGCUUCCAAAACAUGACGACGCUCUGA